UUUAAAGGGGAAAAUGGUAAAGCAGCUGUUGCUGCGCCUAGUGCCCUCGCUUGCUCUCAAUCAUCACUGGCGUCUUCGACGUUCUUCAGCACCAGUUAAAGCUCGACCAAUCUUCUCGUCCAGCGUCAGGAUGACUGCGGAAUACUACACGUUUGGGCCUUACAAGAUACACCAGAGUGAAGUUUUCUAUUCCACCCAUCUCUCUUAUGCUAUGGUCAAUCUUCGUCCUCUUCUUCCUGGUCAUGUGCUUAUUUGUCCAAAGCGGGAAGUGAAGAGAUUUGUUGAUCUCACUGCUGAAGAGACUUCUGAUUUAUGGCUUAUGGCACAAAAAGUUGGUGGGCAGCUUGAGAAUUACCACAAGGCGUCUUCACUUACAUUCGCCAUCCAAGAUGGCCCUCAAGCUGGGCAGACUGUUCCUCAUGUUCAUAUUCACGUCGUCCCGAGAAUAAGUGGUGAUUUUGAGAAGAAUGAUGAGAUCUAUGAUGCGCUGGAUCAGAAGGAGAAGGAAUUGAAGCAAAAGCUUGACUUGGAUAAGGAGAGGAAAGACAGGAGCCUCGAGGAGAUGGCUCGAGAGGCAGAAGAAUACAGAAAACUUUUCUUGUAAUAUUUUCGAUGCGUUUGGACAAUUUCAUGACUACCACCUUGUAGCAACACAAGAACUUAACUCUUCGCUUUGGAAGCUGCACUGGAUCUUCAUCACAACUUCGCGAUUUCAAAUCCUCUUGGAUCAUUUUAUAAUUAACAAUUACUCUCAAGCUCGAAAGAACUCGAGUUUGGAAUUGCCCCUAUUUUUAUUUAUAGCCUGGAGUUGCUUGGCAUUAUUGAAGAGUCAUAAAUAAACAUGUUUUUCAUUUCUGCAUGUAUUCCUCGAGUUUGUUUUUCUGUUGCACAUUGGUGUUGUGUAUUUCUAGGCUCAUGGGGACACUUUAUAAUGAAUAGCGUCUGGAUUAUGAACAA